AUGGUGGACAGCGGGUCACAUGCUGUGCGGUCGAAGAAGCGCGACAGCCCAAAGUCUAUGAUCUUGAUGUGGUUGCUCUCCUUGUCCACCAUCAAGAUGUUCUCUAGCUUCAGGUCUCUGCUGCAGAUCCCUGCGCACACAGGGGAGCGUCCAAUCUUGUUGACUGAAGUUGACACAUCUCCCGACAUAUUUACGGCUGAGGAGGUCGCAAAGCACAAUACUCCUGCCGACUGCUGGCUGCUCAUACACGGGAAGGUGUAUGACGUUACAAGAUGGGUGCCCCAUCAUCCAGGCGGCAGCAUGAUCUUUGUUAGAGCUGGCGGUGACUGCUCCCAGUUGUUUGACUCAUACCACCCACUGGCCACGAGGCUCCUCCUGGAGAAGUUCUACGUGGGAGAGCUUGACAAAACAGACAGAGACACCCCUGGAAUCGUCGAAUACCAGAGUGACACACAGGAAGGGGAGUUCUACGAGGUGCUGAAGAGGAGAGUAGAGAAAUUUUUCCGAGGCAAUGAGCUCAACCCGCGCACAUCAUUUGACUGGCGUCUGAAGUCCGUGAUCAUUCUUUUGUCCUUCGCCGUUUCCUUCUACGCAACAUUCUUUGCCUUCCAGAGCUUUGCGGCCUCUGCACUCUGCGCAUGCUUGCUGGGUGUCAGCAUGGGGCAGGUGGGGAUCUCAAUAGUGCACGAUGUGAACCAUGGGUCUGGGCUGUCCUCUGCCAGCUCCAGAUAUGCACUGGGCGCUAUCGUGGACCUGGUCGGCGUGUCGUCGUUCAUGUGGCGGCAGCAGCACGUGGUGGGUCAUCACGCGUACACCAACCUGGCCUGUGACCCCGACAUCCGCGUGUCCGACUGUGACGCCCGCCGUGUGGCCCCCCACCACCCCAAGCAGCCCUUCCACGCGUUCCAGCACGUGUACCUGGCAGCGCUGUACGGGCUGCUCAAGGUCAAGUCCGUGCUGGUGGACGACUUUGCGGCGCUGGCGCGAGGCAGCAUUGGGCAGCUGCGGCUGUCGCGCAUGACGCCAGGCGAGGCCUUCAUGUUCUGGGCGUGCAAGUUUCUCUAUGCGGCCUACUACAUCGCGCUGCCCGCGCUGUACAGCCCCCAUGGCUGGCGCGCCCUGGCCGCCCUGUGGAUCAUCGCUGAGGUCCUCGCUGGGUGGAUGCUGGCCUUCCUCUUCCAGGUGGCGCAUAUCACGGGGGAGGUGGAGUUUUUGGACAGCGAUGGGGGCAAGGUGGAGCGCGGCUGGGCGGCCGGCCAGGUGGCCACCACCGCCGACUUCAGCCACGGCUCCUGGCUCUGGACCCAAUUCUCUGGCGGCCUCAACUACCAGGUUGUGCACCAUCUGUUCCCCAACAUCUGCCACACGCACUACCCGGCAAUCGCGCCCAUCGUGAUGGACACCUGCCGAGAGUACAACAUCCCCUACAAAGUCUUCCCCAACUUCCGGAGCGCGCUGUGGGCCCACUUUGCUCACUUGAAGGAGAUGGGCGCUGCGCAGAUGAUCCCGUCCUUUGCAACCAUUGGGUGAGAUCGAUCUUGGCUGCUCACGUUCCAGCAGCAUGCCUUCAUUUGCUUUCUGUUUUAGCACCAAUUCAUGAAGUAUCCAUCAUGCAUUGUAUUUGAGCACUCCUAGGCUUUGUGGCGCUUCAUCUGGCAGCUUGGUAUAAGCCAUGCCAUUUAGAUCGUACUGCUGCUCCUUUGUACGUGGUCUGCAUUAUGGGACAUGUCUAGAAAUGCGCAAGGUGAAAACGUACCAAUAUAUGUCCUGUGACAUCGUCUUGUCCACUGCUAGCAUAUGCGAGCAUUGAAUUCUUUGUCAUGUCGUAAGCGGUGAAGCUGCAUGCUUCUGUCUGUGUGACGUUCACUUUCAUUUUGAUUUGGCGUUAAGUCCCAAAUGAUUUAGUUUAUCAGCAAGUAGACAAGAAGUCAGCUUGAGACCUCAUGACCUCCAGCGUAUUAGCACACCUGUGGGCCUGUGGGAUUAUUAUUAGGGAGGUAAGCAGACAUCGAUGCUUCUGCGGGUAUUGCUCAUGAGCAAAAGGACAGCUUAAGGUUAUAACGGGGAAGAUUAGUGUCGGAUGCCAGCGCCAGCGCUUUGUAAUGUAGAUGAAUCAC